AUGGCUUCCGCCGUCUUCUUUCUCGACUUGAAGGGCAAGACCCUUCUUGCCCGAAACUAUCGCGGGGACAUCCCAAUGUCAGCUGUCGAGAAGUUCCCCAUCCUUCUUAGUGAGGCCGAAGAAGAGUCGUCCGCUGUGCCACCUUGCUUCUCCCACGAGGGUGUUAAUUACCUCUACAUACGACAUAACAAUCUCUAUCUCCUCGCCCUCACAAAGCGGAACACAAACGCCGCUGAGAUCCUACUUUUCCUUCAUAAAAUUGUCGACGUCUUCACCGAAUACUUCAAGGCUCUAGAAGAAGAGUCCAUUCGUGACAACUUCGUUAUCAUCUACGAGCUAUUAGAUGAGAUGAUGGAUUUUGGAUAUCCGCAGACAACGGAAUCCAAAAUUCUCCAGGAGUACAUCACGCAAGAGUCACACAAGCUUGAAAUACAGGCCAGGCCACCCAUUGCUGUGACAAAUGCUGUUUCCUGGCGCUCUGAAGGCAUCAGAUAUAGGAAAAACGAGGUUUUCCUAGAUGUCAUUGAGUCGCUUAAUCUCCUAGUGUCAGCCAACGGAAAUGUCUUGAGAUCUGAGAUCCUCGGGUCUAUCAAGAUGAAAUGCUAUUUGUCCGGCAUGCCUGAAUUGCGUCUUGGUCUGAAUGACAAAGUCAUGUUCGAGACUACGGGGAGGACAACUCGCGGCAAGGCCAUUGAAAUGGAAGACGUCAAGUUUCAUCAAUGUGUCCGCCUGUCGCGAUUCGAAAACGAUCGCACAAUAUCGUUUAUACCACCCGAUGGCGAAUUCGAGCUCAUGUCAUACCGCCUUAACACACAGGUCAAGCCACUCAUCUGGGUAGAGUGUGUUGUGGAAUCCCACAGUGGCAGCCGCAUAGAGUACAUGUUAAAGGCAAAAGCCCAGUUCAAACGGCGAAGCACGGCGAAUAACGUGGAAAUCAUUGUUCCCGUCCCAGACGAUGCCGACUCGCCACGGUUCCGAACAAAUAUUGGCACGGUCCACUACGCUCCGGAACAGAGCGCAAUAGUGUGGAAAAUCAAACAGUUUGGCGGCAACAAGGAAUUUUUGAUGCGAGCCGAGCUGGGCUUGCCGAGUGUACGAGGUGACGACGAGCACGGUGGCGGUAUGACUGGUGGCUUUGGUGGAAGUAUGGGUGGCGUUGGUGCCCCUGGGAAGGGGGCAAAACGGCCUAUACAAGUCAAGUUCGAGAUACCGUAUUUCACAACCAGCGGUAUUCAAGUUCGUUAUCUCAAAAUAACAGAGCCAAAGCUUCAAUACCCGUCCUUGCCUUGGGUUAGAUAUAUCACACAGUCUGGCGAUAUUGCCGUGCGGCUCCCGGAUGUUGCGUGA